GAAAUUCACCUGUUGAACUGUCAUAUCCCUAAAAAUAUUCAGCGCAAAUUUCAUUACAUAGCCAAGUGGUAUUCACGCUUGCAUCCCAAUGGGAAAACAGAAGCCACGCAGGUUCGAAUCCACAUGGUUGCAGUGCCACAAUUUUGGAAAUAUCUGGCAGAAAUAGAUUUUAUUUAUUUAGUGCAUUACCAACUCACACGUGCAGCCAAGGGGAAAUGUGUUACACUGUAGGGUCCAAAACACGAUUUCACGAGUUGUUUGUCAACAUGCUGCACACUGGAUUCGAACCCGCGUGGCUCGUGUCUUCCCAUUGAUAGGCAAGCGUAAAUACCCCUAGGCUAUGAAAUGAAAUUCGCACCAAAAAUGUUUAAGUUCUUGACACGUAAACCAGUGAAUUUCCAGGAGUAGCCAAUACUUUCUAAUCUAAAUAUUUCACAAAUUACACAUCGAAAUGAGACGAAAUUCAAUCGGUAUACAGCUAAAAGUAUAUUAUUAGUGUGGGAUUCAUCAGAUUCCAAGGAUAUGACAAUUUUUUUCACGAACAAAUGACAUGACUUGAAUUUGUGUUCUGAACACUCUCGCAGCUGUAUCAUGACUUUGUGUGCAUGUCGAUUGAUUUUCAGUGCAUUUGCACCACAGGAUUAAAAGAUAUUGACACAUUUGUGAUCAAAUAUGUACUACAAGUUUAGCUAAUGGGUGGAGUCACACUCUGAAGUAGACUAGCGCUGUGUGUUACUUGGGGUGGCUGAGGUGAUGUCUGGACUCUGGAUGGAUCUACUCCAGCUGUACUUCAACUUCACUGUCGAGAUACGGAUAGGAGGCGCCUCACUUUCAAGCACUACUACUUCAGAGUGCACAUUACUCCAAGCAGUAGUUACUUUGUGUGCUAACGUUCGAGACACAAGAGUUAGCAACUUUUAUAGUAUCUACUAUGCAACAUUGCUAACUGUUAUGCUACUUGGCCGUUGAAAGACGCACCCCAGAAUAUGCUGUCCUUGGGGUAGUGGCAAAUCAUCUCAGAGACAAGCUUGGAGGCCUCUUUUCUUAACUGGAUUACAUCACUGUAAUACCUAUUAACAGGCUUACCUUACCACCUCCUGUAAAUUAACUAUAUAUCCAGGUUCUUGAAAUACCCCUCUGGUUAAAUCACCUGCAUUAAGAAAAUGAACAAAGAGGCAACUAUAUAUAUAUGAUAAUUAUUCUUUAACUUUCACUCCAAACAAAAAAGAGGCAUCUAAUAGAAGAGCAAUGCCAGAAUGCUUCAUCUGUUAGAGCAGAAUUUUUCAUUUCAAGAUUUAAAGUCUUUUCUCUUCCCUUGUCUCCCAUCUGCCUAUAAAAGACACAGGAAGAGUGUGUGGGGGGAAAUCUAUUGGAAGAACCAAGAAGAGGUGGACUAACAAACUUGAAUGUGCCAGUACACACACGCUCACACACACACACACCGUAAUGCACACUCACGCUAAGGGGCAAUUGUCACCAUGUGGCCCCAAGACCCCAGCCACCAUGUGACCCCAAGACGCCAAUGCGAUUGGACAGGAGGGAAUGGAGUUUCCGACCACGACUAUCAUCAACACCACACCCCAGCCUCACAACACCUCCGAUCUCCCACUGUUGCCUGGCAACCUCUCGACGACUGGCCCGGCGCUCGACGUCCAGAACACCUUUGUGGUGAGCCUGCUGCUCUCCUGCCUCUACACUGUCUUCCUAUUCCCGCUCGGCCUUCUGGGUAAGUCAAAGUCAAAAUGUGCAUUCCAAUAUGCGACCUUGCGUCCUCCACUUGGGCUUGUGGCCUCACGUUUUGCUGAUGCCCUGCCUCCGUGGAGGAAACAAAUACGUUUUUUUUAGGGGACUAUUCUUCAUUCACCAUCCAGUUUGCAAAUAAGAAAAUUGAGCUUUUGAGAGAUAUUGAAAUAUAAUGCUGUUGUCAAUGAUGUCAUCAUGACACAUUACUUCCUGGUACGAGGCCACAAGCACAAGAGGAGGAUGCAAGGUCGCAUAUGGGAACGCACACAAAGUCAAAGUCAAAGACCACGUUGGUAAUGGAGCAAACUCAAUUAAACUUAACUGAUGCAGCGCAUAGGCACUCUGAAAAAUUACAAUGCAGUCUGGUUAGGAAUGCAUUACCAUGCAGGCAUGUGCGGAGCAUCAAUUUGCGAGGUUUUGUUGUUUUAUUCAAUAUAUUCUGGUUUCUGAUAUGUCUUUUUGGUACAGUUAGAUAGAGAACUCAUCAAGACCUUUAAUUUGGCGCGCUAAGCCCCUCACAUUUGGGCUUGCAUGCCCACUCACAAGGACCCCGGUUCGAGUCCGGCCGGGGUCAUUUCCCGAUCCUCCCCUGUCUCUCUGUCCCAUUCGCUUCCUGUCACCAUCUUCGACUGUCCUGUCAAAAUAAAGGCAUAAAAGCCCCUAAAAAUAUGCAUAGUACAUAUAUAAAAAAAGACCUUUGAUUUGAUGAACCUUGACGCCUGCCCUCUGAAGGUAACCUGCUCAUCCUGGUGGUGAACCUGGACCCCUGCUCGCGGAUGACCUCUCCUGACCUGUACUUCACCAACCUGGCCCUGGCCGACCUGGUGCUGGUGCUGGACUCCCUCAUAGAGGUCUUCAACGUCAGCGGACAGUACUACGACAACGCCCUGCUAUGCACCUGCAUGGCCCUCUUCCUACAGGUGAACAUGUACAGCAGUGUGUUCUCCCUGACCUGGAUGAGCCUGGACCGCUGCAUGGCCCUGACGGGCUUGUCGCACCGGGCCCUGUCGCCCAGCGCCAGCCUGCAGCGCGCCCGAUUGGCCUGCAUCACCAUCUGGGCGGCGGCCUGCCUGCUCACCCUGCUGCCGUUCGGCGUGGCGCACGCCCGUCACGGCUGGGGGCAGGGCUUCUGCUUCGCCGGCAUGGCCGAGGUCCAAUGGCUGGAGGUGACAGUGGGCUUCUUCCUGCCCUUUUGCAUCAUCUGUGCCUGCUACACUCUGAUUGGCCGAGCCCUGAUGAAGGCCCGCCCCCCAGCCAACGGGCAGCGGCGUGGCGGGCGCCUGAAAGCCCUGCGCAUGAUCGUGGCGGCGGUGACAGUCUUCUUUGUGUGCUGGCUACCCGAGAACGUCUUCAUCGCCGCGCACCUGCUGCGGGGCGCCACGGGGCCCUCGCGUCGCCGCGGCAACAGCACGCUGUGGCAACAGUACCCACUCACCGGUCACCUGGUGACCCUCGCGGCAUGCGCCAACUCCUGCCUCAACCCGCUGCUCUACAGCCUCAUCGGUGGCACCUUCGUGCACAAACUGCGGCUGUUUGUCAAGCACCACGCGCACUGCAACAUCUUUACUCAUCACCACCAUCAUCAUCACGCACAGACGCACACUCACCCGGCGUGCCCGCACCAGCCCCACCUCCACAACGGGGACCUGAGGCACAGCCUGGUGGACGGAGGAGCCCUGCCGGGGGAGGGGGAGUGUGUGUGCUCCACGCAGCACAGAGAGAGCACUUCGGACUUUAACGUGUGAACCAGCACUGGGGUGCGUUGUGUAGUGUUUGUAUCAAACACGCACCGUAACAGGGACGGGCCCUUCCACAUGGACUGCUUAACUGUGCUAAUGAACGAAAAGCUUAGAUUAUUGGUGCUUUUUAAGACUGACCAUCCUCCGUUCCAUCCUUUUUUCAUUUUAUGUGCUUAAUAACAUAUUUACUCACCUCAAAAAACAUCUUACUCAGGACGACUCAUUAACUCAUCAUUUGUAUCAAACAUGCCCCAUUACAGGGACGACCCUUCCACAUGGGCUGCUUAACUGGACCGCUGAAAGGAGAAGAUGAGACUAUUGGUGCUUCUCGUGGACUGUAUACAAAGGCGGAUGCCAAACCUAUACAAUCUAUGCCGCUUCUCUAUUCCGCUUUUACUUGUGUGCCUAUUUAAUUAUUUUAUAUUCCGUAUUCACUCUCAAACCCACCAUCCCUUCAAAACAAACAAGGACGGCACAUCUUGAGGACUGUGAAUCACAGACAUUAAAUACUUCCCUCUUGCAUCAGCCCUUUUCCCGUCGUUUUAAACGUCCCCUAUGCGCCGGCUGCAUUCUUAUUUUUUUCAUAAAGUAAACUACCGUAUUUCAGCAUAACAGCUCUGGGCCUCCAACGUUGGUACUAUUGGUGCAUAAAUGAGACUAUCCUUGACUGGACGCUUUUGUGCCAUGGAUGCCAACUAGUAGAGUUCCACAGUAGAGACUACGGUGCAUUCCAAUAUACGACCUUGCGUCCUCCACUUGUGCUUGUGGCCUCACCUCGCCUCCUGGCCCCUCCUCCGUAGAGAGAACAAUAAAGUUUCUCAGCUGUCAGCCUAGCUACAAUGGUAUGAGGCCACAAGAACAAGUGGAGGACGCAAGGUCGCAUAUUGGAACGCAGCCUACGUAAACCUCCCUACAAAGCCUCAUACAGCUGCAGUGGCAAUGAGCUACAGAGCACUGACUGGAGGGUCGUGAGCUUGAGCCUCGAGUAGCAGACUGCGCAGGAUGACUUAUGUUACAUUUGCGUAUGUUGCAUUAUUUUAUAAACGGCAUGUUACAUUAUGUCUAAUCUUUAAUGUGUAGGCCAACCCCUUCAGGGGAUACAGAUACAGCUCAAACACUUCAAAUUGCAGACCUGAAGUUUUUGUCUGUGUAAUAAACACAGGGUAUAAUUGACACUUCUGUUCUGCCUUGGUCUGUACUCAGGUACUCAUGUAUCAGGUGAAUACUGUAUUACGCAGACAUCAACUGACAGAAAUAACAUUUUAAAAAGUAUGCAGGCUUGGCUGACCUAUGCCACCACCAGUCCAUCAUCACAGAAUGUAACAUCCAAAUUCUAUAAAAUGGCUCCUCAUGAAGCAGUGGGGAAUUGAUGACUUGGGUCUGAUAAUUGAGCUCUAUGAAACAUCAAAUUGGCACAUUACAAAAACUACUAGAGGUGGUUAACUUUUGAUCAGCAUGAUUUAGUUAUUUCGUGGUGAGAAUGAUUGUGUAAGAGCAAACAGAGGUAAUUGCUAAUAAAUGUCUUCAGCCAGUCACUAGCAAUGCCUGAAAAAAAAAAGAUGUUCGUACACAUUCUCUGAGAAAUGGCAAAAACACAUUCCACCAGGGUAUGUAAACUUAUGAGCAGCACACUGCAUCCACAGAUGUUUUAGUAUGUUAA